UCAAAAUCCUUUCUUUUUUUCUCCUUUCCUUUAGUUGUUUCCACUGCCGCCAUUCCCCCCCUUCUGAGCCUCCUCUUCUUUUCCGCUCAACCAAAAGCUAGGGUUUUCCAUUCUCUCCAUCUCCUUCUAGGGUUUCUUUCGAUUUGGGGGAUUUUUCCAGGGUUUACUGGUUAGAGCUGGAUUCUCUAUCAUUCCUUCAUAGUUUCUCUAUGUUAAGUUGUUGGUUCAGCGGCUUCGUUGAUUAAGUCUUUUUUCAGAUUUCCACACAGAAAACCCUAAUCCGAUCAAAGGGUUCACGGAAAACGCGAUUUUGAAUACUGGGGUUUGAAUUUUUUUUGAUUUUGUUUUUAAUGGUGGCGAGAUUAGGGCAGGGUUAGAUUUUUUGGUGAUUUUUGUUGAAUGGCAUUGGGAGAUCUAAUGGCGUCUAGAUUCUCACAAUCAUCCUCAGUAUCUUCUGUUUCUAAUCAUUUAGAUGAGUUUUCUUCUCUUUCUAUUAGUAAUAAUCGUAGUGGUGGUGGUGGUGGUGGUGGUGGUGGUGGAGCUGAAGAUGGUGAAUAUGUUAGGAGAGAUUCUGAAGCAACAGCUAGUAGUAGUGGCGGCAAUGCGGGUAUGAAUGGUACCACGAGUAUGGCGUAUUUGCCGCAGACGAUUGUUCUAUGUGAGUUUCGACAUGAUGCGUUUGAAGCUUGUGUUCCUUCUGGUCCUUCUGAGAGUGGGUUGGUGUCUAAAUGGCGGCCGAAAGACCGGAUGAAGACUGGUUGUGUAGCAUUGGUGUUAUGUUUAAACAUUAGUGUUGAUCCACCAGAUGUAAUUAAAAUAUCUCCUUGUGCAAGAAUCGAGUGCUGGAUAGAUCCAUUUGCUAUGGCUGCUCCAAAAGCACUUGAUACAAUCGGUAAAUCCUUGCUUGCCCAAUAUGAGAGAUGGCAGCCUAGGGCUAAGUAUAAGCUUCAACUAGAUCCCACUGUAGAUGAAGUGAAGAAACUUUGUCUUGCCUGUCGUAAGCAUGCCAAGGGUGAGAGAGUGCUCUUUCACUAUAACGGCCAUGGAGUUCCAAAACCAACUGCAAAUGGUGAAAUCUGGCUUUUUAAUAAGAGCUACACCCAGUACAUUCCUUUACCAAUUAGCGACUUGGAUUCCUGGCUGAAGACACCCUCUAUUUAUGUGUUCGACUGCUCAGCUGCAGGAAUGAUUGUCAAUGCGUUUAUAGAGCGUCAAGAUUGGAACUCUUCUACUUCCUCCGGUCCUGGGAAUUCAAAAGAUUGUAUUCUACUGGCGGCCUGUGAAGCACAUGAAACUCUUCCUCAGAGUGCUGAGUUUCCUGCUGAUGUGUUCACUUCCUGCCUAACAACGCCAAUCAAAAUGGCAUUAAGAUGGUUUUGUUCACGAUCAUUACUUCGUGAUACCCUCGAUCACUCUCUAAUAGACAGAAUUCCUGGCCGUCAAAAUGACCGGAAAACACUUCUGGGAGAGUUGAACUGGAUUUUUACCGCUGUGACAGAUACAAUUGCUUGGAAUGUCCUCCCACAUGAUCUUUUUCAGAGGUUGUUCAGGCAAGACUUGUUAGUUGCUAGCCUAUUCAGAAACUUCUUACUCGCUGAACGGAUAAUGCGUUCUGCAAAUUGCUCACCAAUUUCACAUCCUAUGUUGCCUUCAACUCAUCAGCAUCAUAUGUGGGACGCGUGGGACAUGGCUGCUGAACUCUGCCUAUUGCAGCUUCCGUCAUUGGUUGAAGAACCUAAUGCCGAGUUCCAGUCGAGCCCGUUUUUCACUGAACAACUGACGGCUUUUGAGGUGUGGCUUGAUCAUGGAUCUGAGAAUAAAAAACCACCGGAGCAGUUGCCCAUCGUCCUUCAGGUUUUGCUCAGCCAGUGUCAUCGAUUUCGGGCACUGGUCCUUCUUGGCCGAUUCCUUGAUAUGGGACCUUGGGCUGUUGAUCUGGCCUUAUCUGUUGGAAUCUUUCCGUAUGUACUCAAAUUGCUACAAACAACUGCAGUGGAGUUAAGGCAAAUUCUUGUAUUUAUAUGGACAAAGAUUCUUGCCCUUGACAAGUCAUGUCAGGUAGAUCUGGUGAAGGAUGGGGGGCAUGAGUAUUUCAUUAGGUUUCUAGAUAGCAUGGAUGCAUAUCCAGAGCAGCGGGCAAUGGCUGCAUUUGUUCUGGCUGUUAUCGUGGAUUCUCAUAGACGAGGGCAGGAAGCCUGUGUUAAAGCAGAUUUGAUUCACAUGUGCUUGAAACAUCUUCAGCCUACAAAUAAUACAAACGAUGCACAGUCAGAGCCCUUACUUCUUCAAUGGCUUUGUCUCUGCCUGGGAAAACUGUGGGAGGAUUUCCCUGAAGCGCAGAACAUUGGUUUGCGUGCAGAUGCAUCUUCGAUUCUCGCAACACUACUUUCAGAACCCCAGCCCGAGGUCAGGGCGUCUGCUGUGUUUGCAUUGGGUACCCUUCUUGAAACUGGAUCUGACUCAUUCAGAGAUAGUCUUGGAGGGUGUGAAGAUUUUGAUGAAGAUGAAAAGGUCAAGGCUGAAUUGGAUAUUGUUAAAAGCCUUCUGAAUGUUGUUUCAGAUGGAAGUCCCGUGGUUAGGGCUGAGGUAGCUGUAGCUCUUGCACGCUUUGCUUCCGGCCAUUAUAACAGCUUACACUCAGCUGCUUCUGCAUACUUCAAUAAACCAUUAUCCAACUCUCUUCUUGGUUCUUUCCCAUCAUUGGCUAAUAUUAGUGGUCAAAGUAGUGGCUAUCCUAGCACUAGCCAGUACGUGCCUGGAGGUACAAUUCCUUCUCAAAUCGGUCCUGUAUUGAGGGUUGGAAGUGAUCAUACAUCCGUGAGCCGAGAUGGGAGGGUCUCCACCAGCAGCCCUAUUGCUACUUCAGGAAUAAUGCAUGGCUCUCCAUUAUCAGAUAAUUCAUCUCAACAUUCUGAUUCUGGAAUACUGUUAAAUGAUGCUGCUAGCAAUGGGGUUAUUAAUUAUUCAAGGUCACGACCUUCUGAUAGCGGAAUGUAUUCUCAGUGUGUACUGGCUAUGUGGACUCUAGCCAAGGAUCCAUCUCCUCGUGUCGCAGGACUUGGACGUAAAAUACUCACGAUAAUUGGUAUUCCUACAAAGACAUUGCGUUUUAGUGGUAAUAGCAGUGUCCGUCAGAGUGAUCAUCCAGCUGCUGCUCCUACUCCUAACCUUGCUGGACUAGCACGAUCAAAUUCAUGGUUCGACAUGAAUUCAGGUCAUAUACCUCUGACAUUUAGAACUCCACCUGUUAGUCCCCCUCGACAAAAUUUCCUCACCGGGAUGCGAAGAGUUUGCUCUUUAGAGUUCAGGCCACAUCUGCUGAAUUCUCCUGAGGCAGGGCUAGCUGAUCCGCUUUUAUCUGGUGGAUCCGAACGCAGUCUGCUUCCUCAAUCUACCAUCUACAAUUGGAGUUGUGGUCAUUUUUCAAGGCCUCUACUUACUGGAGCAGAUGAAAAUGAUGAAAUAUUGGGUCGCAGAGAAGAGAGGGAAAGAUUUGCCCUUGAUCGCAUAGCUAAAUGUCAACACUCUUCUAUAAACAAGCUUAACAAUCAAAUAGCUAGCUGGGAUACCAGGUUUGAAACGGGUACAAAAACAGCUUUACUGCACCCUUUCUCUCCUGUUGUUAUUGCUGCUGAUGAGACUGAAAGGAUCAGAAUAUGGGAUUAUGAGAGAGCUGCACUUCUCAAUAGCUUUGACAACCACAACUUUAUGGAGAAAGGAAUAUCUAAGCUUUGCCUGGUCAACGAGCUUGAUGAUAGCUUGCUUCUUGUUGCUUCAUCCGACGGAAAUGUUCGUAUAUGGAAAGACUACAUGACAAAGGGUAGCCAGAAGCUUGUAACUGCAUUCUCUUCGGUUCAGGGUCAUAAACCUGGUGUCCGAAGCAUGAAUACUGUUGUGGACUGGCAGCAACAAUCUGGAUAUCUGUUUGCUUCUGGGGAAUCAUCUCCCAUCCUGGUUUGGGAUCUGGAUAAAGAGCAGAUAUUAAAUUCUAUUAUGUCAUCACCGGAGAGCAGCAUCUCAGCAUUGUCCGCUUCUCAAGUUCAUGGGGGCCAGUUUGCAGCUGGAUACGUUGAUGGUACAGUCAGGUUAUUUGAUGUCCGUACCCCAGAAAUGGUCGUUUGUACAACACGGCCACACAUAGAAAGAGUAGAAAGAGUUGUGGGGAUUGGAUUUCAACCUGGAUUAGAUCCAGCAAAGAUUAUCAGCGCGUCUCAAGCUGGCGACAUUCAGUUUCUGGAUAUUAGAAAAGAAACCAGUGCUUACCUUAGUAUUAACGCCCACCGUGGCUCACUCACUGCCUUGGCAAUUCAUCGGCAUGCUCCUGUUAUUGCUAGUGGAUCGGCCAAGCAACUCAUCAAAGUGUUCAGCCUUACAGGAGAUCAACUUGGAACUAUCCGAUACUACCCCUCAUUAUUAGGCCAGAAGAUUGGUCCCGUAAGUUAUCUCACCUUCCACCCGUACCAGUCCUUGCUUGCAGCUGGUUCUGCUGAUGCUUGUGUUUCCAUAUAUGCGGAUGACAGUCCCCAAGCAAGAUAAUACACACACAACACACUUGUAGCUAACCAAAUCCUACCUAGACAAGCUUCUCUUCAUGAUCCACAUCUGUAAAUACGGGUCUCGUCAUGUUAAUCAAAUCUGGGACAGUUAUUUAUGCCUUCUGUUGGAGAGAGCGCCUGUCUGGACGUUCGGUUAGUGUCUGCCGAUUUCUAUAGUUGUGUCUGGGAAUACUGGUCUAGCCCACGUGGAAAUUAUAUUUUACACAUUCAUUAGCCUCCGCAGCAGAGGGUUCUCACAUGUUGGGCUGGAAUCCUGUGUUUCCAAUGGGAGGCUUUUGCAAAUAAUUUGAUGAUAUAUAUAGGUAAAAGCUGUAAAUAUUUUUCCUUUUCAUUUUUAAUCUCUUUGUUCAAUUUGUAAAAGCUGCAGCAUACUUGGUAUCACAAUAUAAGUUUAAGUGUUUAGACUCUUUGGAAGUGAAUUGGUCUUUUCUUCUUGUAAAUGGUUGUCCUUCAUCAAUGAAAUCUUUAUUUUUUUUAGCAA